AGGGAGAGGGGGAUGCGGACAAACGGAGUCACUGAUAGACUUGAGAUCGCGUGGGGAGAAAACCGGAAGGGUGAUGAUCAGAUGCCCGUGGUACAUUAGGUACUUGUGCUAGUAAGUAUUCGUGACUAGUUAUGUCCGGCACACACACACCUCGCCCCCCCGCAGGCGGCGCGUAUUCACACCGCGGCAACACUAGCCGGCCUGGACGCCUCGCUCGUUAGCGCCCGGAUCGUGUCGUUAAGGCAAUUAGAGCCGACGACUAGGACUAGGGCACGUGCCUGCCUACGGGUCCUUGCGAGCGAUAGCGAGGACCUGUGAGGGCCCGCGUCCCUCUGCUCUGCGAGCAGGAGGACCCUCUCCUGGGCCGCGCGAGUCCUGCGGCCGACGACGGGACGAGCUUCGAGAGUGUUGGCGGAAGAAUCGUCGCCUUGUUAUCACCAGCGGGAGGGGCGGGGAUACUUAAAGGGAUGGCCGGCUGACCCAUUGACCGCGAGGGGGCGUGCGCGCGUGGCGGGCGGCAGGCAUGCCAAACCUCACCAGAUGCGUACAACAAACUCCGCAUACCCACGAGGGAGUUUCAAACAUAUUUCCUCUUUUAAUCAGUUUUUGCGUCGGCUGUUUCCCUUUGCAGACGGAGUGGGGCAGCGAUGGCUCCAGGCCGGGGGCAGAAGGGGGCGGCCAUGGCGCUCGCCCUGGCCGCGCUGACGGGCCUGGCGCACGGCCUGGCCUCCCAGGACGUGACCACGACGCCCACCACCCCGCCGGUGGAGCGCUGCCAGCAGCCGCCCUUCACCGGGCCCUGCACCACGUACAUCCACAAGUGGUUCUUUGACGGCGGCGCUUGCCGCACCUUCCCGUACGGCGGGUGCGAGGGCAACCAGAACAGAUUUAACACCGAGGUGGAGUGCCUGGCGGCGUGCGGCGGUCCGAACCACACGUUACCACCGUACCUGUUGCCUAAACCGACCACGACGGCCGACCCGAGGAGGGUCAACACCACCACCUCCAGGAAACCCGGGACCACCAAGAGGCCGCCGCCGACCGAGCCGCCAGUGCCGCUGAAGGACCGAGGCCACGAGCUGACCUUCGCCGAGACGGGCAGACAGAAAGUGUUCAUGAUGGCGAGAAGCGACGCCUUUAUCCAGGUGGACGACCACCGGAUCCCCACCUUCCAGCUCAGGAUGUGUCGCGAGAUCUCGUUCCAGUUCCGCACGCGGCUGCCGCACGGGCUGCUCGUGUACCACUCGGUCAAGAACAGGCCCGAGGGCCUCGAGCCCUACGCCCUGUACGUCAUCGUGGAGAAGGGUCAGCUCAAGGUGGUGCACGUCAUCGGGAAGCACUCCACCUCCAUCACUGUAGGCGAGGGUGAGUACGGCA